CUACCUCCGUCACUUCGCUCGCACGGACGCAGAAAGCACCACGGAUCACAUCGACACCCCCGCGGAAGUACACAGAGUACGAGUUCCACACUCCUGCAGACACACGAGUGGAUAUCAUGCUCAGUCCCUUGGCAACAGGCGAUGACACGUCUGCUGCCCUUGCGGUAGUCAAAGCAACUGUUGGCCAGAAGGCGGAACUGUUAUCACUUGCUGGAGACGCUCUGUGCCUUGCAGUCACGGCGCUCCACCUCAGUGAACCGACACAUCGUGUUUCGAAGCAAAAGGGUACAGAAAAUGCUCCACCCAUUAUAUCGCUUGACCAAGUUGCAUGGCACGACCAUAGCGCCGACUGCUGGGUCGUCAUCUACGACAGGAUCUACGACAUCACAGACUUCCUGCAAAAGCACCCCGGUGGCGAAGAGAUACUGCUGGAGUACGCGGGUCGCGACGCCACGUUGGCAUUCCGAGGUAUCGGCCACGGGGUGGAACUUUUGCAGGUCCUGGAGCGGCGAUUUUUGGGCGUCCUACCCGAAUCUGAGCGCAUCUACCACACUCUAGGCGGAAAGCUUGCUGGCUUCAGGCCUUCCUAAUGUGUUCGAAUGUAUGCCCCCGCAAUAUAAACUGGGCUGGACUCUGUCCAAGGCAUCUUGGGCGCAUCACUCCAUGAGUAGGCAACCUUACGGAAGGGACUACAUGAUGGAAGGCACAGGCGAACUCUGGUAGUAGGCCGCAGACUUGCUGGCUGUCUGCCUGUACUUACACUGCUUAUCUUCCUAAAUCAUAAGUUAAUUAAUUCGUCUAUAAGGCCUAUAUAUAAAAGGCAUGAAUAUAAGUUAUGCAAUAGGUCACGAACGUGAAAGCAGUCUUUUGUUUCAGUGCAUCCUCCAUAUUCUGCGAAUAUUGAAAGCUUUCCAAGUGGAUUUGUGAGGUAUAGCUUACUGCUUGAAGCAGGUUUACGACGGUUGACUAGUUUUGCUUAUUAUUUGUAGAAGACUGUGCCGAUUGUCGGGCUCGACGCAGCAUAUGAUAACGUAGGACAGGAAUGGAAUACGGGAGAAAAUAUGAGAAGUUAACAGUACAAAACUUACAUAACGAAAUGAAAGACUAUCACUGGAUUCUCUAACACCUGUUUUUUAAACUAGAAAUCUAUCUCUUAGGAAACAGAUAAAUCAAAUACAAAUGUCAUUAAUGAAUGCUUAGGAAUAUAAUCGCUGUUUAUUUUCCAGAACCACAUAAAAUUAAUUCUUUCGGCAAAUUGCUGAGAUAACGAAUGGCGGUACGUACGUGUAGAUAAGACUACGCCAUAGAAAGUUAAAUGUUCUUCUUCUGUGGCUUAUUUUACAUUUUGUUUACACGACUUAAUUUAACUAACAAUUCGUCAUACUAAAAUGUAUGAAAACAUAUGAUAAAUUUUGAAGUAGCCUAGAGGAUUGAGACAAUUGAAGUUAAAACUACGUUUUACAGCGAUCUUAGCUUAUCACAGUUAACAAUCUAAUUUCGAGUUUGUUAAAACUUUGCCAGAACAAAGUGAGAAUGGGGCUGAAAUUUGGUUCAAGACUAACUCAAUAAAAGAUUUUCACUCAUUGUUUCGGUGACAAAAGAGACACAGAGGCAAAAAUAGAGAUUUAAAGAAACAAAAUAUAAUAUUCUCUUCCUUUCUUUUACAUUUUGCUUCUCACACUUUCUAUCAAGCAAUAUAUAAACAACAAAAUUGUUGCAUAAGUACUCAGUCUCCAGGUCACCAGAGAUGACAGCAACUCUCUUUCAUCAUGCUACAUCUGUCUUAAUUAUCUUCACAUUCAGAUCGAAACUUGCUACUACGAGUAUCCGAGAGCAUUCUGAAAGGCUUACAUUUUCAGUGGUUCUAGUAGAUAUAUAAAGAAAAUAGUGUAAACUACUAAUUCAGUCAAGGUCUUUCCAGUUUCGCUCAGAUAUGUUUUUGAUUGCUUAAUGGCUCUACACCUUCGGUUGACCUUGACAGGCGUUUAUGAUAUUUAUAAUAUUGCGUGAGGGAGUGACUGUACAUGUGUAUAUGUGUUUGUGUGCUGGAUUAUGUAAACAACAAUCUGACCUUGAAAAUGUCGCAAGUAAAGCUGACUGCAAGACGUAAAACCCAUGAUAAGAAGUGGUAGAGAAGCGGCACAUUUUUAAUAACAAAAAAUAAAGAAUAUGAAGAUUCAUUUUCAAGUUGUAAUUACAGUAUUAUAAAUUAUGUUCUAACUUAAUAUUUAACUUAACUAUCAGUAACUUAAUUUUGUGUACUGUAUGUCUUUAUAUCAAACAUGGAUACGUGAUAAAGCACCAGAAACCUUUUUCAAUGUAUUUUUCCUGCAAGCUGAAAAUUUAACUAAAUUUGAUGGAGGUACAAACAUAUUUCGUAUCCCUUAAAUUUAUGUACUUAAUAUUAUUGAACAUUUCACAUGUUAUAAAAUAUACAGCAGUAUUGUAGAUAUCUGUUAGUUCACGUAUGCUUUUAUUUAAUAAUGUUAUAGAUUGAACUUGUAAGGUGUUUAAUUUGUAACGUGAUAUCUGAAGAAAAUAUAAGCCACAAAAGCUGUAUUA